AUGAGCGACGACGUUAUGGACGACGACGAAGAUUACGGCUUUGAGUACGAGGAUGACAGCGGAAGUGAACCUGACGUUGAUCUGGAGAACCAGUAUUACACAGCUAAGGGUUUAAAAAGCGAAGGCAAAAUUGCGGAAGCCAUUGCUAACUUUGAGAAGGUCCUCAGUUUGGAGCAGGAAAUGGGCGAAUGGGGUUUCAAAGCGCUGAAGCAGAUGGUGAAGAUCACGUUCAACUCAAAUCAAUUCGAAGCGAUGCUACAGUAUUAUCAGAAGCUCUUAAAAUAUAUCAAAACCGCUGUUACGAAAAAUUACUCCGAGAAGUCUAUCAACUCCAUUUUGGAUUACAUUUCGACAUCAAAGCAAAUGGAUUUGUUGCAGAAGUUCUACGAGACCACUCUUGAUGCCUUGAAGGAUGCUAAGAAUGAAAGGCUGUGGUUCAAGACAAACACCAAACUAGGGAAGCUAUACUUUGAUAUGCGUGAAUUUCAUAAACUGGAAAAAAUAUUGAAGCAGCUGAAGAGUUCGUGUAAGACUGAGCAAGGUGAAGAAGAUCAGAAAAAGGGCACCCAAUUGCUAGAAAUAUAUGCACUCGAAAUUCAGAUGUACACUGAACAGAAAAACAACAAGGCCUUAAAAAAGCUAUAUGAGCAAGCUCAACAGGCUAUCCAGUCGAAGUCGGCUAUUCCUCAUCCCCUAAUAUUAGGAUGUGGCGGCAAGAUGCACCUUCGAGAGGGACAAUUUGACCGUGCCCACACAGAUUUUUUCGAAGCAUUCAAGAAUUACGAUGAAAGUGGAUCUCCAAGACGUAUUACUUGUCUAAAAUACCUUGUAUUGGCAAAUAUGCUGAUAAGAUCCGACAUUAAUCCGUUCGACAGCCAAGAAGCAAAGCCUUUCAAGAAUGAGCAAGAAAUCGUCGCGAUGACAGCUAUGGUGGCAGCAUACCAGGAGAACGACAUCGACGAAUUUCAACGGAUACUAGAAAACAAUCAUGAGAGCGUGAUGCAAGAUCCUUUUAUUCGUGAGCAUAUCGAAGAGCUAUUGACGAAUAUACGGACUCAGAGGCAUAAUCGUGAUAUUGCUCGUGACUACUUGCAGGUGUUGCUACGACUGAUCAAACCGUACACUAGGAUACGGCUCCAGUAUCUUUCCCAAAAAUUGCGUAUCUCUAUAGCAGAAGUGAAAAGAUUACUUGUCGACACCAUUCUUGACGAAGGUCUUCCGGCAAGGAUCGAUGAGAUAGACAAUAUUCUUUACGUGAAGCCAUGUGAACGACAAGAAGAUUCUUCGUUAUCAAUUGCCGCCAUGAAUGGGUGGAUCGAACAAGCAGAAAAAGUUCUAGUCGCGAUCACAACACGUAACAAGGAGUAG